CGUAAUGAAUUCUAGGUCGUCCUACAAGAUUUCUCGCGCUCAUUAAGAGAUCAGGGAAGCAUGACGAAAGAGUUUUCACCUACUAAAAAGUUGAAGAAGAGACUCAAAAAAUUAAAGCAGAAAGAAACUUCUGACGGUGCAAGUGUUCCCCAGAAUGAUGUAGAUGAAAGUCAGCCAGGUACUAGCACUUCCCUAGCAGGAACUUUUGACGAACUGCCAAUUUCUGAACCUGUUAUGCGUGCUAUCAAAGAAAUGGGCUUUACCCAUAUGACAGACAUACAACAGAAGAGCAUUCCUCAACUUUUGGAGCAUAGGGACUUGAUGGCCUGUGCAAAGACGGGUAGUGGGAAAACAUUGGCAUUUCUGAUACCUGUGGUUGAGCUAAUGUUAAACCUCGGUUUACAACCGCGAAAUGGCACAGGGGCUAUUAUUAUCUCACCUACUCGCGAACUCAGCCUUCAGACAUAUGGUGUUUUAAGAGAACUCACUCAGUUCACAAAUUUGCGGAUCGGACUGAUCAUGGGUGGAAGCAAUAGGCAAACUGAAGCACAGAACCUUGAAAAGGGUGUGACAAUAUUAGUCGCUACCCCGGGAAGACUGUUGGACCACUUAACGAACACUGAACACUUUCUUCGGCAUAAUUUAAAGGCUCUUGUAAUUGAUGAAGCGGAUCGUUUAUUGGACAUCGGCUUUGAAGUUGAGAUGCGACAAAUUAUAAAACUCCUUCCGACAGUUCGUCAAACAAUGUUGUUUUCUGCCACACUUAAUGAGAAAACGAAGAAUUUGGCAAAUGCUGCUCUGAAAGCCUCCUGUGUUAUGGUUGGGUCUAUUCCGAAUGAAGAAGCAACUGUAGAAGGGUUAGAACAGGGAUAUGUUGUUUGUCCUCCUGACAGACGCUUUUGCCUCCUGUAUACUUUCUUAAAGAAAAACAAGAAUAAAAAGAUUAUGGUUUUCAUGGCAUCUUGUAUGGAAGUGAAAUUUUACUACGAGUUGUUAAACUUCAUAGACACUCCAGUUCUAGCUAUACAUGGACGGCAAAAACAAGCCAAAAGAACAAGUACUUUUCUACAGUUUAUAAAGGCUGAAUCCGCUGUACUAUUGUGUACUGAUGUAGGAGCACGAGGUUUGGAUAUACCAAAGGUUGAUUGGAUAUUGCAGUACGAUCCUCCUGAUGAUGCCAAAGAGUACAUACAUCGUGUUGGUCGAACAGCCAGAGCAGGUAGUACUGGGAAUGCUUUGUUAGUGCUACGACCUCAUGAGUUAGAGUUUUUAUCAAUCUUACGAAAAGCUCGAGUCAAAGUUGUAGAAUAUGAAAUAGCUAGUUCAAAGAUGGCAGAUGUACAACCUGCCCUAGAAAAGUUAGUUGGUAAAAACUAUUUUCUUGCCCUCUCUGCUCAAGAAGCUUUCAAAGGCAUUGUUCGGGCUUACGCUUCAUCCGGUUUGAAUUGCUUUAAUGUAGAUGAACUAGAUCUAGCUGCAACAGCAAAAACAUGUGGGCUCUCAAUUGUACCAAAAGUAGAUCUCAAUGUAAAAUCUAAAAGAACUCGUGAAAUUCCUGGUCAGAAACGUUACAGACCAUUUGGUGUUUCUGAUAAAAAAGCCAAAAAAGCAAAGAUCUACAAGCGGAUAUCUUGAUUAUGUAUUUUUUUC